GUUCUUGCUUAAUGUUAUCUGUCACCAUCUGAAACUCAUUUUGCAAUUCUCCAUUUUUACUGCCCUUUUCCUUUGAAGAAUAAGCUGAAUCCGAGUCCAAGCCGAAGGAAGAAGCAGAAGAAAAAUAAUCUGUAUUCCCAUCUUUUUCAUCCUCAACUAAUGUCUUCUCCACCGACUUCCCGCCGCAGCUGCCAAAAAUUGAUCGAAGGAUCCGGGAAAAUUUUGAGGGUUUUUUAAUAACAACUUGCUGAUCCAUUGGGAAAAAAAGACAGAAGACAGAGAUGUAACUCUUGGGAAAAAAGACAGAAUUGGGGUAGAGAUGCAGAGAUGUUGGGAGUGCCUUUUAUGGUGAAAGAAAGCUUUGGUUUGAUUGACUUUUAGUGGUCCAUUUGUAUCAAAGGAUGGAUUUGAUGUCUGGGUACAAGGAAUUUUCUCUCAUUAGUCUGGGUACGAGAUGUGUUGUUAUGGUGCUGAAAACAUUUCCUAGUGCAACGAAAUACUUGAAAACAAUUGUGAGCUUUGGCAAGGUCACUCCUGAACAAAAAGAAGAAGUUGAAAAGUUUGGUUUGGCUAUAUAUGCUUGGGAUGAAUUUUUGUUAUUGGGAGAUGAUAAACAGUAUGAUCUUCCGGUAAAAAAGAAAAGUGACAUUUGUACAAUAAUGUAUACUAGUGGCACAACUGGUGACCCAAAGGGCGUUCUGAUUUCCAAUAAUAGCAUUGUUACUCUUAUAGAUGGGGUGAGGUGCCUGCUAGGGAGUGUUCAUGAAUUGGAUUUCUUGCACAUCCAUUUGAAAAUUUUACAGUUGACUGAAAAGGAUGUAAAUCUUUCAUAUCUUCCUCUGGCACAUAUCUUUGAUCGACUGAUUGAAGAGUGUUUUAUCAAUAUUGGCGGCUCAAUAGGAUUUUGGCACGGGGAUGUCAAACUAUUGACUGAAGAUAUUGGUGAGCUGAAACCUACUAUUUUCUGUGCUGUUCCCCGAGUACUGGAUAGAAUUUAUGCAGGUUUGCAACAGAAGAUCUCAUCUGGGGGUCUCUUAAAAAAUACUAUGUUCAACUUCGCAGACUCAUACUCCAUCAAAGAUUCAGGUCGAAGAAGAUUCAGAUCGAAGCGAUUUCGAAGCUCCAUCAAAGUGAUUUUGAAGCUCCAUCGCCAGCACCAUCUGCACCGGCGAGAGAUUAAGAGAUUCAGUGAUUUCUAGAAGCACUUCUAUGGAGAUACAAUCUCAUUGGCUACUAAUCCCAGCUAAACAUGUGGGUUUUGGGAUUUGCUAGGAUUGUUUAGUCCUCUGUAUGACAUCUUCAUUUCUGAAAUGAAUCCUAUCAAGAUAUGAGACCUCUGCCUUAAAAUUUGAAAAUGAGCUCUUUUCCACUUCCUACUUGAUAUUGUUAUUUAUUUAUUUAUUUUUGUAUAGAUUUCUUUCAUCAGAUGGUAUUGACAAUGAAUGAAAUCUUACGGUACAUUGCCCCAUUUAGCAUCCAUGUUUAUGAUAUUUCAGUAUGUCCUUAAUAUGGACCGUACCAGUAGACACGACACCACUACGAUGUCCAUGAUCUUCAUCUAAUGACUAAUAUGCAUUAAUGUGUGUUCACGGAGUAGAAACAAUUCUUGAACAUGUUCUUAGCCUUCUCUAUGUAAUUUGGAAGAAGAUGCUGUAUCAUUCUAUCAGGCUCUCUAACUUAAAAAAAAAAUUAAAUAAAAAAUAAUGCUGUCAGGAUCUUUGGAAAUUGUGCUUGUGGGUGCUUGUGAAAUUUGGAUCCAUCUAAUUUCGAAUAUUGACCAAAGGUGCUGUCUUGUAUAUCAAGUUUAUAUCCAAGCUUCUUCUUCAUCAAGGUUCAUAAUUCUGUAUAUUGGCCUGCCAAACAUAAAUUAAAGAGUAAAUUACAUUGACCUCUCCUAAGGUUUGAAAAAAAAUAUAGUAAGCCUCACAAGUUUAGCAUAAUCACAUUGGACUCUCUUAAGGUUUUAAUUCACAUAACAUUGAGCCUCAUUUUCAUAAGAAAUUUGUUAGUCACGUAGAUGGAAAAAUGAUGAUGUCAUCUCUUUUACAAUGAAAUGUAUAAUUUUUCCUUAUUUAUCUUUGUGUCUUCACACCAUUUUCAUUUGUUCCUGUCCCUUUAACCUCUCUAAAAGGGAGGUCACUGUAAUUUUUUCAAAGUUGUGGAGUUUGCUGGGAGAUCAGUGUAAUAUACCCUAAAUUAAAUGACAUGUUAGAAUCUUGCUAAAGCUUGGAUUCCCUCUGACAUCUGUCCUCUUCCAGACAGUAGUUGAUUUUGCUUGUGACUUGCUGGAAAGAUUCAAAACUCUAGCAAGUUUUUUGUUUCACUAAUUUCUUAUGCUAAGUUUAGAUGUUCCACUUCCAGCUGGUGAUCACUUAAAUUUACAUAAUCAUGUUUGGUUUAAAUAUGUACAAUAAUAACCAUUAUAGAAUAUUGAUUUCCAUUCUUGGCCAUCGCAGGUGGGCAGUCGUCAUUAGCUGACUAUUGCACUUAUUAUGUAGCUUAUUCUGAUGGAUCAUGCAAUCAUGCACAGACAUGAACAGUGCUUGAGCACCUGACAGAAUGUUGGGUGAGGUGAGAGGACAUAGCUGAAGGUGUAUGGCCUCAUC